AUGACGCGCGACGAUGCUCCCUUGCGCCAGCCGCCCCCUGGAUCGCAACACAUGCCUAACACCUCCCUGGCCCGUGCCCAGGCCGAGGUCGAGCCCGGCGAAUUGCUGGGGGACUUGGUCCAUCAACUAAUCACACUCGGCGAGUCCUAUGGCAAUGCCCACGAGACCCAAGCAUCAUUCAUCAACCGUGCCCACCAGGCUUCCCAGGAGGCCUUUUCCGCGGUCGAGCCCAUGCUCAAGCCUACGCCCGGUGCUCAAACCACCCUGGCCGCCCCCCUCACGGACAUUCCGGAAGCCCUUGCUCGUGCGGUCGAAGCCCACGUCACCGUCGUCAAGAGUGUCCUCCAUAGCAUCUGGGCUGCUGGCACUGUCAUGGCCCUCCUGACGAACCUCCUCGACACGGCCACUACCCAUGUUUCGGCGGUUAUGGCUGCGAUUGACAAUGCCAAUGCCGACCUCCAUUCGAUGCCUGGGCGUGCCAUGCACACGGCGGCCCCCGCCCAUGCGAGGGCCUCCCAUGCGGUUGGGGCAUUGAAGCACUGCCUGUCGCAUGGGCGUCAGCCGCUGGUGUCGGCCGCCAAGAACGCCAAAAAAUAUGUCUCCAGGCUGGCCUCCCUCACCGAGUCGCUUCAGGCACUAUGUCAGAAUGCCCCCUGUGAUGGGCGACUUGACAAGUCAACUUUGGCGGAGCUCGCCGCUGCUCAAGAGAAGGCUUCCGACGAAUGCCGCUCGACCUUCCGGUCAAUCCUCGAGAACACCCAGAAACACGUCGCCCACUGCCUGUGCAUGCUCAUAUCCAUUUGUGAGGUGCAAAAGACCACCCCGGCUGCCUUGCGCCCGGGCCUGCCUGGCGACCUCCUUGAGAGCAUUGAGCAAGCGCGAGCUUUGGCCCUCCAACUGCAUCACUCCAUCACGCAGGUGGGCGGCGAUUGGCUCCUGGACACUUCGCCGCCUGGCAAUCACCCGGCCAGCCUCCAGCCAGCUGCUCUUGGCCUCUUGGCAGCUUACUCGGCCCCGGCAUUGGGCGAUAGCUCGCUGGAGCUGGUGCCCGGCGCCCGGCCCCCCGCCGGCGAGGGCUAUGCUCUACCAUCUGCCGAGCAGAUGCCACAUGCCAUGGUGCAAGUUGCCCCCGGCCAUCUUCAGGCCCAGUGUUUGCUCUACUCCGCCACCAGGACCCUUGGCAUUUCCCUUCGGCACAUCAGAGCCACCCAUGAUCGAGCGCUCGCCAUCCUGAACCGGCCCUCGGACAUCGGGCCCGAGGCGCCUGCUGCCACUUUGCCGGCGCCCCCAGCCCUGGCCAACGCCCCGGUGGCCUGUCCCACCGCCACCGGCCAAGCUGCUCCUACUCCCCACCGCCACUCCGAUGCAUCCAUCGGGGGCCGUCGGCACGGGCGCCACAGUGCACACACCGGCCUCAGCGACCAUCCUGGUGAUGAUGAUGACGGUGACGAUGAUGACGAUGAUAACGAUGAUGAUGAUGCUGAUGAUGCCAGUCAUGAUGAAGAGUUGGCCCACGACUUCGGGGCCGAAACAUCUUCCCGUCGACGAGGCAGCUGCUCUGUCAUCGCCAAAAAGGAGGACACCAUUUGGCAAAGAAUCAACGAUCUUCUUGCCAAAACCACGGGCCUUGUCAUGACCGCCACGCAGUUCUUCAUCGCCGCCAGGAACACCCUGUCUCUCGCGGAGGGGCUCUUCUCCUACCUCGUUGGGCUUAUUCCAGACAAUAAGCCCGAGUGAAUGGCUUGUCCCAUGAUCCGCCGGCGAUCGGGACCCAUUUGUUGGGUCGCACUUGAGUCGAGAGGUUCCUUUGUGAUGGCCCGGCCUGCCCGCUGGAGGAGCGUUGCCUUGGGGUUUCGACUUGGCCGAUUCACACGCAUGCACACCCGGCUCCCGUGUGGCAUGCUCCUCGCCAAGGCCCAGAUGCGUGUCUGAUCCCCACCCUCGUUCGGAGGAUGACCACGGCGCCCGGACACACUGGCGCCGAUGGGGCGCCCUUCGGCGCUUCCAUCCUACCCAGUCCCCGUGGGGCAUUCGGCCGGGGAGGUCUGCUGCCGUUCCCCCCUGCCUAGUGACCUAGAGAGGUCCGCCCUUCGCGUGGCCCUUCGGCCCAAGAUGAUCCGAAUGACAAAUACACCCAUGCCCUUGCUGGCGCCUACUCGCCAGGACAACCAGA